CUGCGCAGUUGGUCCCGGUUAGUCGACGCCGGUGCGGUGCGAUAUAAUUCUUAUUUGUUGCGAGUUCCGUACGGCGUAGAGAAGCCAGUGACUGUCCUUCGGUGGAAUCCGUGGUUCGCUUCGAGUUCUAUAUCAGACCUAGGAAUCGGACAAACUUGCGGAGGGACGCCAAGAGCCGCUGUCGCGCGUUAAUCUAGCCGCUAACGAGGAGUUAUCUGGACAAGAUGGCGGAUGUACGGGGCCCCCCGCCGACAAGGGAGGAACUGCUCGAGCUUGAUGCCAAUCCGAAUAACAUAGCAUUGCGCAGGCCAUUCGAUCCAGUGGCGCAUGAUCUCGAUUCCUCUUUCCGACUGACGCGAUUCGCCGACCUGAAAGGAUGAGGGUGUAAAGUCCCUCAGGAGGUUCUUGGGAAACUCCUCGAGGGACUUCAGGACGACGACGCGUCUGCUCAGGAUGAGCAUGCCCACUUUAUGCACAUGGCAAUGCCGCGCAUUGGUAUUGGCAUGGAUUCUUCUGUAACUCCAUUGAGGAGAAAUGGAGGUUUAAGCUUGGUACAGACCACUGAUUUUUUUUAUCCACUAGUUGAUGAUCCGUACAUGAUGGGUAAAAUUGCUUGUGCCAAUGUCCUUAGCGACCUGUAUGCGAUGGGUGUCACGGAUUGUGACAACAUGUUGAUGCUACUUGCGGUUAGCACAAAGAUGACUGAAAAAGAACGUGAUGUGGUAGUGCCGUUGAUUAUGAGGGGAUUUAAAGAUUCUGCACUUGAAGCUGGCACAACAGUAACAGGUGGCCAGACAGUCGUGAAUCCAUGGUGCACCAUAGGCGGUGUCGCAUCCACUGUCUGUAAUCCUAAUGAGUAUAUUGUACCAGAUAACGCCGUCGUUGGGGAUGUGUUGGUUCUCACAAAACCUCUCGGUACGCAAGUUGCCGUAAACGCGCAUCAAUGGCUCGAUCAACCCGACCGUUGGAGCCGAAUUAAACUAGUGGUAGGCGAAGACGAUGUGCGAAAAGGUUACCUGCGUGCAAUGGACAGCAUGGCCAGGCUGAAUAGAACAGCUGCCAGAUUAAUGCACAAAUAUAAUGCGCACGGAGCUACGGAUGUCACGGGUUUUGGCCUUCUGGGACACGCUCAGAAUCUCGCGAAGCAUCAAAAGAACGAAGUGUCCUUUGUUAUUCACAACUUACCUGUUAUAACGAAAAUGGCGGCAGUUGCAAAAGCAUGUGGAAAUAUGUUCCAACUUCUCCAAGGACAUUCGGCCGAAACUAGCGGUGGUUUGCUUAUUUGCCUUCCUCGAGAACAGGCUGCAGCGUAUUGUAAAGAUAUCGAGAAGCAGGAGGGAUAUCAGGCAUGGAUUAUCGGUAUCGUUGAGAAGGGUCUUCGCACCGCUAGGAUAAUCGACAAACCGCGAGUAAUCGAAGUUCCGGCUAAAGAGAAAGACGGCGAGCUCUGGUAAAAAAACAACAAGAAAGACAAAUAAAACAAGAGACAUCGCUGUCGCAAUUAUAACAUACGUUUAUAUAACUUGAAAAAAAUAGCACUCAUACACUGCUUGACGAGCACUUCUACGUGCACCAACUACGAAAAAAAAGUUCUUUAGUAUCUGUAUUCUCCCUAACAAAACCGUAUUUUAAGUAAUCGCAUUUUUAAGUUCACGCUCUAUGUAGAUUAUCUGUUUUGAUAAUCAAAUCGAUUCGUUUGAUAAGAUCUUGUGACGCACGAGGCUUUCUUUUAAUAUACAUAUUAUAUAUAUAUACGUAUGUAUAAAUCAGCUCGUGCGAAAAGAAGCAUCGUGUGCCGCAGGCGGUAGCUUUAAAAGAACAUCAUUUUUCAAAUCAAGUGUCAAUAAUUGUUAAAUAAUUGACACUUUCAAGCAAAUAUUAUAAUUUAUAAGAACAAAAAUAAUUUUUCUUCAGUUGUAGUGUAAAUGUUGUACGUAGAGCUACUAGCAGACUUUUAGAUUAAAAAAAAAAAAAAAAAAAACUUUAUUCAAAAUGUAAGAAGCCGAAAACUGAA